AUGUCACUUCACCAUCAACAACAAGUGGAAGAAAACAUGUCGAAUCUGACAUCAGCUUCAGGAGAUCAAGCAAGUGUGUCUGAAACCAGUGGCUCCAACUUUCACUACAACGUUAAUCCAAAUAUGCAACAAGAACAGUCUUUUGUUCCACAAUCAUCUCAAAAGAGGAAGAGAAACCAACCAGGCAAUCCAGACCCAGAAGCAGAAGUGAUGGCUUUAUCACCAAAAACACUAAUGGCAACAAACAGAUUCGUUUGCGAGAUCUGCAACAAAGGUUUUCAGAGAGACCAAAACUUGCAACUUCACAAGAGAGGUCACAAUCUACCAUGGAAGCUUAAGCAAAGGUCAAGCAAAGAUGUGAUAAGGAAGAAAGUCUAUGUCUGUCCUGAGCCAGGCUGCGUUCACCACCAUCCGUCAAGAGCUCUCGGUGACUUGACCGGAAUCAAGAAGCAUUUCUUCAGAAAACAUGGCGAGAAGAAAUGGAAAUGUGAAAAGUGUUCGAAGAAGUAUGCGGUGCAAUCAGAUUGGAAAGCUCAUUCUAAGACUUGUGGCACUAAAGAAUACAAAUGUGACUGUGGAACUCUCUUUUCAAGGAGGGAUAGUUUCAUAACGCAUAGAGCAUUUUGUGAUGCAUUAGCAGAAGAGAGUGCACGAGCCAUACCAAACCCUAUUCUCAUCCAAUCUUCUUCUCCUUCUCCUGCUCAUCAUCUUCAAACACAACAAAACAUCAACUUCGCUUCUGCGUCUUCCCAAAACAUCAUCACCAACAACAAUCUCCAUGGUCAUGAGUUCUCUAUGAAGCAAGAAGAACCACAGCAUCACUUCCAAAACAUCCCUUCUUGGCUUGCUUCAUCAAACCCUAACCCUAACGGCAACAGUGUUAGUUUGUUCCCUCUUGCUUCUCCUGCAAGCACCGGGAGAUCCAACUUCCACCACUCCUCUCCGGCUAUGUCAGCCACAGCUUUGCUCCAGAAAGCAGCUCAAAUGGGUCCAACAAAGUCAACAAAUGCUCCAGAGGAAGAAGAGAGGUCGUCGUCUAGGUCAAGCUAUAAUAACCUGAUCACGACUACAAUGGCGGCGAUGAUGACUUCACCACCAGAGCCUGCGUUCGGAUUUCAAGACUACUAUAUGAUGAAUCAACAUCAUCAUCACCAUCACGGCGGAGAAGAAGCUUUCAACGGUGGUUUUGUCACGAGAGACGAGAAGAACGACGACGGUGGAGGAGAGACGAGGGAUUUCUUGGGGCUAAGAUCGUUAAUGUCUGAUAACGAGAUGCUAAGUUUCGCUAAUCUUGGGAACUGUAUCAACACUUCUGCAUCAGAACAACAACAUAGCCAUCAAGAUUAG